AAGUUCUCCCUAGGGUUCCGGAGUUGAUGACAGAGCAAGUCCGGAGUUGAUGACAGAGCAAGGGAGAGUUGAUAGAUAAAAACCAUAGACGAGAGAGAGAGAGAGAGAGAGAGAGGGAGAGAGGAGCUAUAUCGAUGGAAAACUGGGUGAAGAAGAAAGAAGAAGCAGAGAACCAGUUCGACCGUCUGCCCGAUGACGUCGUAGUGAACAUCUUCGACAAGGUCUCCGACGCCCAAUCGCUCUGCAGAUGCUUGGUGGUCUCCAAGCGAUUCUCUUCCCUAGUCCCUCUCGUCCAAACACUCUCCUUCAAAACCAGUGCCUGGGAUUACCUUUCCUUUUUCCGUGACGAAUCCGAGGAUGCCCUAGUAAAUGGUUCGCUCGGAGAACUCUCGAAAUUGUCCAUAAUGGACUUGCUCUUCAAAACCCUCAUUUACCUCCUCAAGUCCUCUCUCUCGCCUUGCCUGCGACUCAAUGCUUCCGGCCUCGUAUUCCUCGAUAAGUUUACACGGGUUCGAUCUCUGAACCUCGAGCUUGUCUCCGAUUUCGACGCCCACAAUGAUUCUGUUUUCAAAUGGGGUGCCAAAUUCGCCUCAAAGCUCGAGAGCGUCACAUUUCUCUACGCAGCAUCUUUCUCCAAAAUGAUGAAAUCUGAAGAAGAAGAAGAUGAAAUUGAGAAUGAGAUAACUCACGAAGAGCUUCUGUGCCGAGUAAACCUAGCCAUUAACUGCCUAAAAGAGGUAGUGUUGCGGCUUGGAAUCUUGUACCACAUCAUCACGAAAAACCGAAAGCUACAGAGCAUUACCAUCAGCGAUUCAAACAAGAAGGGGGUGAAGCUCUGUUUGGCUGGUGAAAAGCUUGUGCAGUGGAUGUUGGAGAAUGUUUAUUUGGAAAAGGUGAUUAUGAGGGUUGGGUAUGUGCCUGUUUUACAGCUCCCUAUGUCUGGGUAUGUGAUGAAACGGGUGACCAUUGUUCACUUCAACCUGUAUGGUGAUGAUGAUGAUUCUGAUGCUGAAACGGCCAUGUUGGAUGCGUUUGCGGAGGAACGAGGUGUAUUUUCCGAAGCCGUGGUGCAGAUUCUUGAAAACCAUAAGGACAGUGUCAAGGCAAUGUUCCAGAACUAAAAUUGAUGCUAUACCUGAUUUAUGUCUUUAUUGCUGACGUUGUUAUUGCUUUAACUUCACUCACGAACUAGGAGGCUUUGCCCGCAGUGCUAGUCAGUUAUAAGACUAACCAUAAUAGGAGUUUGUUGAUGAAACCAAAUGAAAGUUAGUACAUGAUUGUUCUAAGUAUGCCUCCGUUGUUGAAAGAAUUUUGAGGGAUUCUUCUUUUAUGUUAUGGUUAUUGGAUAUCUUGAAUCUUAAUUUCGAUUUUUGCU